AAGACGCGUUUGUGUGUGCAACAACAGGUUUUUUCUCUUUCCAAUGUAGUAUACUAGCAUCUUUUUUUGCUUUGUAAAUCGCUGACAAGAAUAUUAUGUCAUCUUGGUACAAGUUAAUCUAUUGUCAUAGCACGUGGUUUGAUCUCAAAACGUAAACAACACACCGGUCUGUUCCGCUAAGAUCAGGUCCUGAGAGAUGGGACAUGAAUGCUUUGAAAUAUGAAAAACUGAGAUAGAAGGGGAUUGUCAGGACAAUGACUACCCAGAGAGCAACUGACCCCCUAACCCCCAAUAUGCAGGCUGUGUUUGCCAAGUGGGAGGGGCAAGGUCCCAGAACUGGAGGUGGGGAUACAAUGGGAGAAAGCCAAAUUAAAUGGGACCAGGUCGGACAGCUGGCAGAGAAGAUAACGCAGGAAGGAAGAUCAAAAUGGAGAGAACGAUAUGGGGACAGUGUCCGCCCAAUGGCUCACAGGCGAGCAAAGCAAAGAAGCAGGAGACAGGCAACUCUGUCUACAGAAGAGGUGACAUCCAAUGUGAUUGCUGAGUUUAAGAGUAAGCCUAUCAUUACACCGGAGACGUUGAUGGUGACUCGGCCGUACACAGGAAAAGUUUGCUCCUGUAUGCCUAACAGUCGGGUUGAUUUCAACACAGUCGAGGCUGUAAAAAUGGGUUUCAAGAAUAUUCUGGAUUUAGAAAUGAGAGGGAAAAAUUGGAAGGAGAAAUAUUUUACUAACAUUGUGUAUGCUGUGAGAAGGCAGACGAGUUAUGUUUACCCAGAUGUCAGUUCCGCCGUUCUGUGUCAUUCAAGGGUACGUGAAGCAAUAUGUCAAGAAAAGGCUGAGUCUUCAGAUGGGAGCAAGAAAGCAAUCAGUCCACAAAAGAGGGCAAAAAGAAUCUUGGAAGUCAUGAAAUCCACCAUUACUGGGAAAUUUACAGGUAUUGUUGCAUGGAUACUCAUAAAGAUUUUCCCAUCACUUUUGCAAGCAAUUUUGGUUCACAAAGGCCAAAUGGACGUUGUCAAAAAGGCGUCUGAGAGAGGCCUUCCUGUAAUCUACUUGCCACUUCAUCGCAGUCACCUGGACUAUGUCCUCCUUACAUUCAUCUUCUGGCAUUACAAGAUCAAGUGUCCAUAUGUAGCAGCUGGCAUCAACCUUAACAUUCCAGUGUUUGGGUCAAUCAUGAAGAGUCUGGGUGGGUUCUUCAUUCGUAGAAAACUUGACAAAAGCAAUGGAAGGAAAGACGUGGUGUAUAGGUCUAUACUACACAUUUACAUCGAGGAGUUGCUGAAAAGAGGGCAAAGUGUGGAGUUUUUUUUGGAAGGAGGUCGAAGUCGAUCUGGAAAAACUUGUAUCCCCAAGGCAGGCCUCCUUUCUAUCAUAAAAGAAACGUUAAGCAGUGGACAGGUGGAGGAUGUGUACAUUGUUCCAGUUAGUAUUAAUUACGAGAAGUUGAUGGAUGGAAACUUUAGUAGAGAGCAAUUGGGGCUGCCAAAAAAGCCUGAGACAUUUAUUGGAGCUCUACAAGCUUUACUGAAUGUUUGUAGAACACGAUAUGGGAGUGUUCGAGUGGAUUUCUGUCAGCCUUUCUCUCUCAAGGAAUACCUGCAAAAUACUCAGUCUGGGCAAUCCAGUGUUCAAGGGAGUGAACCCAACUCAGAUGGGGAACUUUCGGCUGAUUCUGAUCCCCCCACCCCUCGUGUUAUUCAGAGACUUGGGAGCGUGUCAUCUCUGUAUGGAACUGAUAUUGGAGAAGAGAACAGGCAGGUUGUCAUGGCGCUAGCAGAACACAUCACCUACACGAGUACAAACAGCACAGCUCUGAUGAGCACAAAUCUCCUGGCAUUCCUUUUGUUGAAGAAGCACAGACAGGGAGUGGACAAAGGACAGCUAGCAUCGGAUUUGAAAUGGCUGAUUUCAGAGUUGAAGGUUCGUCAGCGGGAUGUAGGAUUCUCUGGGGAGCCUGAGACAGUUGUUCAUUAUGCCAGUCUCCUGCUGGGGGAAAACUUAGUGACAAGGACAAUCGAAUCUAGUUCAUCAGUGGAGUUCUAUAAGUCCAGUACUGAAUUGUCUGCCAUUGUGGAGCUGAGUUACUACAGUAAUGCUGUCCUAUCACCAUUCUUAUUGGAGAGUGUGAUCUCCUGUGCCAUCAUAUAUCGUUGUGAAGUGUCACUAGACAACACUCCUGGUCAUGUGACCUGUUCAGCAACCAAUGAGGAGAUCUUAGAAACGGCAGUAAAAAUAUGUCGGCUGCUUGGACACGAGUUCACUUUCGUUUCACCCUGCAAAUGCCUGGAAGAGGCUCUUUCUGAUGUACUAGACCAGAUGAUAUGCAUGGAAAUUGUUCAGGUCAAGGAGACCCUUUGUGAAGACCAGUACAGUACCUAUGAGAAGAGCUGGGCCCAGAGACUCUCAGCAAACAUGGCAUGGGCCGAGGAAGAUGAUGAUGAUGAUGAUGACCUUAUAUUCCAACAGACUUGUCAGGUGAACAUAGACCGCCCAGACUGCAUGGAGAAGCUAAAGUUUUACCACCAGGUGCUUGCUCCAUUCCUGGAGUCUUGCUACGUCACAGCCUGUCAGAUAAACACAUGUCUGCACUCACAGAUCCUUGAGAGUGAAUUUCUUCACCAUAUUCACUUUGAAGCCAAGAGGAGGGUCAUUGAUAACCUUGCACUGUAUGAGGAAAGUGUUGUUUUGGAUUCCCUGAAGAAUUCCCUGAAAUCCUUCAGUGAUUUGAAAAUUAUUGACGUUUACUGUGUGGGAAAUCUAAGAAUGGUGGAACUCCAUGAUCAUUUUGAAGUGAAAGAAAAACUCAAUAAAUAUUUAGAACUAUUAGAAGUCUUAAAAGGGUGACUUGAUGUCAACUGGGUGUAUUGUGUGAUUGUUUGACAUUUAAAGUAGAUAUGGAUCUACAUCGAAUGUUAGGUACAUGUAUUACGUGCAAGACAUUAUCCAAGGUUGUUAAAAAUGCUGUGGUAUGUGCUUUAUACUCUGUCUCCAUGAAUUGGCAAAAAUUGUGGCUUGUACGUGAAGUUUAUAUGUUAAUUAUGCUACAAUAUAUAUCUAUUGCACAUAUAUAUUUAUAUUAAACACUGCAACUGCCAAUGUACAACUGAUGAUCUUGCUAUAAAGCUAAUAGUAAUUUCCAUUUGUGUGUUGGAAGGUCAGGUUGUCUGUAACUUUACUUCCUAAUGUUUUCGUUUAGAGGAGAGGCAAAUUUGAGGAAAUACUCAGUAGUAUUGUGUAAUUUUUUACUUGAUGAUUUUUCUACUAUGAUACCAGAGGACAUUCACUUAUUUCAUUUCACAACUCUCUAAGGAGGGAGAUAUCUCUUGUCGUAAUUGAGAAGAUGAAAUAUUGUAUAAUAUUUACAUGUUUAUAAUAAAUGAGACAAAUUUU